CUAUCGCGCCUGCGCCAGCGCUGCUGGAGAGUUUGGGGCAGUGUCUGCUCGUGCCGGGUGAUGCUAGGCGGCUCCCUCCGCUCCAGGCUGUUGGGAGGUGUGGGUGGUAGUCGCGGGCAGUUCGGGGCGCGGGGUGUCUGCGAAGGUGGCGGAGCCAUGGCGGCAGGGGAGAGCAUGGCUCAGCGGAUGGUCUGGGUGGAUCUGGAGAUGACAGGAUUGGACAUUGAGAAGGACCAGAUUAUUGAGAUGGCCUGUCUGAUAACUGAUUCUGAUCUCAACAUUUUGGCUGAAGGUCCUAACCUGAUAAUAAAACAGCCAGAUGAGUUACUGGACAGCAUGUCAGAUUGGUGUAAGGAGCAUCAUGGGAAGUCUGGCCUAACCAAAGCAGUGAAGGAGAGUACAAUGACAUUGCAGCAGGCAGAAUACGAGUUUCUAUCCUUUGUACGACAGCAGACUCCUCCGGGGCUCUGUCCACUUGCAGGAAAUUCAGUUCACGCAGAUAAGAAGUUUCUGGACAAAUAUAUGCCCCAGUUCAUGAAACAUCUUCAUUAUAGAAUAAUUGAUGUGAGCACUGUUAAGGAACUGUGCAGACGCUGGUAUCCAGAAGAAUAUGAAUUUGCACCAAAGAAGGCUGCUUCUCACAGGGCACUCGACGACAUUAGUGAAAGCAUCAAAGAACUUCAGUUUUACCGAAAUAACAUCUUCAAGAAAAAAACAGAUGAAAAGAAGAGGAAAAUUAUGGAAAAUGGGGAAAAUGAGAAGACUAGAGAACAGAAGGGAGAGAGAGAGAAACAUGGAUGUGAGAGAGAAACACCAAUCAGCUGCCUUCUGCAUACACCCCAACGGGGGAUCAAGCCUACAAUCUGGGCAUAUGCGUCGACCAGGGAUCAAACCAGCAGCCUUUCAGUUACGGGAUGAUGCUUCAACCACCUAGCCAUGUUGGCUACAGCGAGUUGUAUUGGAUAUUAGCCCCUUAUCAGAUAUAUCAUUGGCAAAUAUGUUCUCCCGUUCAGUGGGUUGUCUUUUUAUGUUGUUGAUGGUUUCCUUUGCUGUGCAAAAACUUUUUAGUUUGAUGUAGUCCUAUUUGUUCAUUUUAUCUUUUGUUUCCCUUGCCUGAGGAGAUAUAUCAGAAAAAAUAUUGCUGUAAGAAAUUUCCAAGAUUUUACUGCCUAUGUUUUUUUCCAGGAUUUUUAUGGUUUUGAGUCUAAUGUUUAAGUCCUUAGGCAAUUUUAAGUUUAUUCUUUAAAAUUUUUUUCUAUUUAUUGAUUUGAGAGAGAGAGAAACAUCAAUUUGUUGUUCUCCUUAUUUGUACAUUCAUUGGUCAAUUCUUGUAUGUGCCCUUGCUGGGGAUCAAAUCCAAAACCUUGGUGUAUUGGCACAAUGCUCUAACAGACUAAUCUACCUGGCCAGGAUUAAAUUAUUUUAAUUUUUAAUUAUUAUAUUUUAUUUUCAUAAGUACACCAAUUAAAAAAAUUACAUAUACAAGCUCAAGAUUAUUAUAAAACCAAAUGCUUAAUUCCAUUACAGACUGCUUUGGGUUAAAAAGCUAUGUUUUGCAUUUACAUAUGGAUUGUCUACUUGGAAGAAACUAUUAGCAAUUGUUUGUUUUUUGUAUUUAUCAGAAACAUUCUUAAUAUCUCAAUUUCUUUGGAACCUUGAUGACCAGAAUUGAGGAAAUUUGCCAUUUCCAAACUCUAAAGGUAGCCUACCGUUGUAUACAUUUAAUUUUGCCACUAAUAAAUCAUCUGACUCUGGACAAGUAUAUA